AUGCCGUCCCCGGACGACGAGGUCACGCCGCUCGUCGCCGCCGGCGCGUCGCUCGCCACCUACCAGGGCCCGCCGCGCCCCACAGCAGACGUAGACACAGACACAGCCCCCGCGUCGCUCCCGAGCCGCGCCAAGGCGCGCGUGCGCGUGGGCCUCGACGCGGCCGUCCUGGACAACCAGAAAAAGUGGAAGCGCCUGUCGGACAUUCGCGACGACAAUAGCACGGCCAAGAGCAUGGCCAGUGAGGUGCAGUUCGAGUUCAUGAAGCACCGGCAGCAGCUCGCGCACGAGCACAAGACGCGGCUGGGCUCGGGCGUCCCGACGUACCACUUGGACUCGCCCGUGGACGCGGCGCACGAAACCGACGAGGACGUGAUCCUGGCGGCCAGGGCAUACGGCACGUGCCUUGAAGAAGACCGGUACAUCAUUGCUGCAGCCUUCAUCAAGGACGGCGUCCAUGGCCGGAAGAUUGGCUACCGUCUCGACCGCGACGCACUGCUGCUGAACGAAGUGUUCCACUCGGAGUCAUACCGGAUGAUGUACAUUCUUGUGGUCGCGGUCAUGUGCGCUAUGGCGUUCGUCGAGAGUCCGGGCGACUACGACAUUAACUCGUACUUGCUCGUGGACUUGCUCUGUCUGUUUGUCUUUGGCGUAGACCUUGCCAUUCGAUGGUACAUGAGCUCCGUGGAGACGCAGCACAAGUACCUGUCGAGGCAGCCAUGGGCGGUCGUGAGAAUGACGUUGCUGCUCGUGACGUGCGCCGACUUGCUCGUGAACGUGCUCUUCCCGACGUUCAACCCGUAUCGGUUUUCCAGAGCGCUGCGACCGUUCUUCUUCAUCGCGAGAGGGAGGAACAUCCGCAUCAUUUUCUCGAGCUUUCUGCACGCGCUGCGGGAAGUCUUGAUCGUGCUGGGAUUGAGCUUCUGCUUUGUCGCCUUCUUUGGACUUGUGGGAUACCUCAUCUUCUCGGACACGAGCGACGCCAUGGACGCCACGUACUUCAACUCGCUCUCGUCCUCGAUGUAUACCAUGCUGCUCAUACUCAACUGCAUGCCGUACAUGCCCAAGAGCAUGUACGCGUACUACAAGAUGACGCACUGGAGCGCAGUCUUUUUCGUGCUGUUUGUCUUGCUGACGAACCUGUUCCUGCUCAAGCUCACGAUCGCUGUCUCGUACAAGUCGUACAAGAAGAACACCGAGAACAUGCUGUACAAGCGUCUGCAGAAGCGCAAGGCCGCGCUGUACGCCGCCUUUGACAUCCUUGCUCAGAACCUGAACUUUGAAGACGACGGACCAACGAAUCAGCCAGGCGCCGGCAGCACGCCUCUCAAUGCGGCAAAUGACAUCAGUCUGGUUUCGGAUGCGCCCAUGUUGAAUGCUGCGAACCGACGUGGAUCGUCGCGCUUCUUCUUGGGCACGCUAGAUAGGCGCGCGUCGUUCAAUGUUGCCAACCCGAAUCCGAAUGCCAGCAUUGUGACCCCGGCGAACAAGCGGCACAUCUCGCUGGAGUCAUGGAUCAACGUGUGUGAGUAUCUCAAGCCCAAAUGGACCGCGACGGACGCUGAGCUCGUGUUCAACACCGUGGACAUUGAGCAUCUGGGCUUCCUGGAUCUGACGGACUUCUACCAGCUCUGCUCGCUGCUCAGUGUGAAGCUUGAGCGCCCGACGCUCUUUUCGAACAGCUUGAUGCGCCACUUUUGUACACCGCGUCAGCGCCAGUCAUUUCGUCGCUUUCGUGGACAAGUGCGUGGGACGCUGUUGUACGAAGUCCGUAUCUGUGGCCGCCAUCGGGUAGUUCUGGCCGAGCUUGUCGUUGGCGUGCUCAUUUGUCUCUCUGUCGUUCAGGCAGUGCAAGUGAACAACAUCCAGUUGGCCUUCUCCGUGAACAACUCGUGGCGCCUGCUAGGGUUCUUCCUGCUGAAUCUGUUCACGUUGGAACUGCUGGUGAAGAUGUUUGCCUUUGGCUACAACGAAUUCUUCACGCGACCGUUCUGCAAGUUGGACUUGGCCGUCGUCAGUGUGGGCUGGUUGUUCUACGUGCUCACGACGCUUUCCCGACCGCCGCACAUCUCGUUGGUCUUCUACGAUAUGGCGCUGGCUGUGCGAUCGCUGCGUUUUCUCAAGCUGCUGAACUUGUUCCCGCCGUUCCACGAGAUCAUGUACACCAUGAAGGCGAUCAUGCCACUGAUUAUGCAGCUGCUGCUCGUGAUCUUCAGCUUCAUGUACGCAUUUGCGAUCGUGACCCAGGCCAAUUACGGAGUCGCGUUGCGAGACUUUCCGGCGAGCAAACAGUCGAUGUCGCCUGGUUGGUAUGCACAGCGCGAGGAGUUUCAGGCCGAGACGUUCGAGCAGACACUUUUGACGCUAUUUGGGGUGGCAAAUCUUGCUGGGUGGGAUGCCGUCAUGGACGCUGCCCAUGCUGUGACCGGCUCCGACUCGACGUACGUCUUUUUCUUCGCGUACCGCAUGACGAUGAGCAACAUCUUGCUUCCCAUUUUCGUUGGUUUCCUGGUCGAGUCGUUCGUCUCGAAUGCCAAGACCGUCGAGUCAACGAUCCAGACCAGCUACGUCAAGUCGGCGCCCCAAAUCUCAGUCGACGACGAGGAAGACCGCAUGGCGCUACUAGAGUCACGCCACAUGCUGGAUGGCGCGGACAUCGUCAGUGCCGGCAAUGGUCAGCAGCACUUGCCCGCAGACUGUGUCCAUCAUCAAGCCCAUGUUGCCGAGCAGCCGCCAAUGUCGCCGGGGUCCGUGUCGGAUUCCUCUGCAAGCGAAGUGCGCUUCAAAUACCGACGACGCGGCAGUGUCGUGCACGACCAGAUGUUUGACGCUGUCAAGCUCUCGGACGUGAGUCGGCUGUCGCUGCAGAUGGAGCAGAAGGAGGAGGAGCUGGCCCAGCAGGACAUUGAGAUCCGCAAGCUCGAAGGCAGUGUGCUGGGCAUGAAGAGCCGUCUGAGCCAGUCGCAGCACGUGAUCUUGGCCUACGAGUCCAAGCUGGAGCAGCUCAGUGCCGCCUUGCGCGAGGCGCAGGAGCGCCAGGCCGAGCUGGAAGCCCGACAGACCCACGCGCGAUACCAGGCGGUUGCACCGGACGUACCGACCGAUCGAGCGGCGCGAGCGGCACGGGACCGAUCGGCGUCGUGGAAGAACCUCUGGACGGGCAGCAACGUGUAA